AUCAGCAUCCUGUGAAAUCCCUCCUCCAUUUCUCGUUUGGUCUGUGUAAGCGCGUGAGUGAGAGUGUGGGUGAGCGUGUGUGUGAGCGUGUGAGUGAGAGUGUGUGCAUGUGUGUGUGCCUCUACUACUCUGACAGGAUAUGAGCGGAUGAGUGAGGGAGUGUGAGAGAGGAGGGAAGCCACGGAGAGAAGAGGAAAGAGAGGAGGAAAGGAGAAGAGAGGAGGAGAGGAGAAGAGAAAGGGGGACUGGAUAUGGCCAUGUGCAGGAUGUUUUGACGUUGGGACUGUAGUUGAUCUUUGGCGGUGUGUGAGUGAGGGUGUGAGCCAGAGUUUGUGUAAGUGUGAGUGUGCGUGUGUGUGUGUGAGAUGGGGUCUGCUCUGGGCAGAAGAGAGGAAGCUGAAAGAAAGGAGAGGAAGGCAAGAGAAGCCAGGAAAGCCAAACUCAAUAGUAAGGCGAACCUGAAGAAGUUUAUGGAGUAUGUUCAGCAGAGGAACAUUGAGAAGGUGUCCAAAUUCCUGGAGAAAGGUCUGGACCCCAACUUCCACGACCCUGAAUCGGGAGAAUGUCCUCUGACCAUGGCAUCUCAGCUGGAGGGCUGUGCAGACCUCAUCAAGGUGCUGAAGAGUGGAGGAGCUCACCUGGACUUCAGGACCCAAGACGGCAUCACUGCCCUGCACAAGGCUGUCCGCACCAAGAACCAUACAGCGCUCAUAACGUUGCUGGACCUGGGUGCGUCUCCUGACUAUAAGGACAGUCGAGGGUUAAGUCCGCUCUAUCACAGCUCUAUGGUAGGAGGAGACCCCUACUGCUGUGAACUUCUGCUCCACGACCACGCUCAGGUGGGCUGUGUGGACGAGAACGGAUGGCAGGAGAUACACCAGGCGUGUCGUCAUGGUCACGUUCAGCACUUGGAGCACCUGCUGUUUUACGGAGCUGACAUGGCUGCCCAGAACGCCUCUGGAAACACCGCCCUGCACGUCUGUGCCCUCUACAACCAGGAUAGCUGUACCAGAGUUCUACUGUUUCGGGGAGUGAAUAAAGAGAUCAAGAACUACAACAGCCAGACGGCCUUUCAGGUUGCCAUUAUAGCAGGAAACUUUGACCUGGCCGAAAUCAUUAAGAUCCACAAAGUGUCAGACGUUGUGCCUUUCAGGGAGACCCCCUCCUACACUAACCGUAGACGUGUGUUGGUGGGAGGACUGCCCUCGCCCCGCUCCCUUCUGCGCUCCGCUAGCGACAACAACCUCAACGGGGAGAGCGUUCACGGUCUGGGGCAGGGCCUGCGGCAGGGUCACGGUCGACAGGGUCAGUCUCCUGUCCCCUCUCUGAGGAGCCUGCCUGCACUGGGACAACACCAACAACACGCCAGCCUGGGGGAGACUCAUCAUGGAGAGGUGCCAGACAGCAGUCUCCAGAGCACAGGCAGCUCUCGCUCCUCCCACUCCCGCUCUCCCUCGCUACACAGUCAUCUGCAUGAGGGCGAUCAGAGCGUCAGGAGGACACACGGACACGCUCUGGGACAUGUCCAUCGAGGACGCCUCAGGUGAGACGGACAAUCAAUCAAUCAUAUAUCGAAUACCUUGGGGGACAUUGAACUGUGCUGUUGU